CACUGAUCGAUAGGAUCCCAAUUGAAGACAGCAAAACUUUUUUCUCUCUUGUAAAAUAUCCAAAUUAAAACUAUGCCUACUUCGCCUUCUUCUACUUCCGUUGGGUCUGGGAGAGCUGCUGCUGGUGGAAAGUCACCGGUCAAGGGUGCAAGUGGAGUACGCCAAAGAAAACCUACCGGUGGUGGUGCCGGCGGUGCUGCUCCAAGAGUUGGUUCUGCAGGUGCAGCGACAUCGUGGAGAUUUUUCACGGAAGAUUCUCCAGGAUUUAAAGUAGAGCCUGUGCCAGUUUUAGUCAUGAGUAUCAUAUACAUUGUUGCUAUUUUCUUACUCCAUUUAUGGGGAAAGUAUUCUCGUGGAUAAAUUGUAUGCCAGCAAGAACUGUUAUUAAUUUUAACCUAAUGACGUGAUUAAUAAAUU